AUGGAAAUAUCUCGUCCCGAAAAUUUUGCACGUGAAAACGAUAAGAUUAUGAUAUCCAAUCAGAAAACUCUGCAGAAAGUUAAUAUACGACGCGCUAAUCUGCAUUAUCAAAAACCACUUCCAUAUGAAUAUCAAAAUGGUUUACCACCUCUUUUUACACCGAAAGCAUUACAGGUUUUAUAUAACGAGUAUCAUAUUAAUUUGAUUCAAAAGUUGAAUCAGCUCUCAGAAACAGAAUUUGAAAACUCAUCGGUAAUUGAUAUAAUUGAAAAAACCGCACAAGUCCCUUCGCAAGCUAAAAAUGUUCUCUGUUCCUUUAUAGAGGGUUCUUUUAUGGAGACGGAUAAUCAAAAGCGAAUCAAUUAUAGAAUUUUUACCCGUCUUACCAAUGAGUUUGGUAGUGUCGAAGCAUUUAAGAAAGAGUUUAAGAGUAAUGCGAUGGCGAUAUUUGGAUGUGGAUGGACAUGGCUUGUCGAGACAGAGUUUCAAAUGCUUCGGAUCGUUAAUUCAUAUAAUGCAGGCACAGCACUCGACACAUCACGAUCUCAAUCAGUCGAACCAAACUUUGAUAGUCUUUCUGCACCAGCAAUCUCUUAUGUUAAAGAAAAAGAAAAAUCACUUCAAGCUCCAUCUGCUGCACCUUCUGUUCCGCCUCCAAAUCUUCUUCGUUUCACGCCACUAUUGGUGUUGAGCGUAUGGGAACAUGCUUAUUUGACAGAUUAUGGUGUCAACGGACGAGACGAGUAUAUUGAUCGGUUUUGGAACUGUGUUGAUUGGGAAAAAGUUGACCAGCGAGCAAUUUUCGAUUGA